UGCCUUCGCUUUCUCUCUUUAGCCCUUUUUUCUUUUUCAUUUUCAUUUGUUCCCCUUCACUUCCCUCCUCUUUCUCUCAUUUCCUUUCAAUCAAAUUUUCAUUUCACAUUCCAAUUUAACAAACAUUUCGUCAUUUUAGUGAUUCCUCUUUGCUUCAGUUUGAAUUAUAAGUAGUCGGGCCUUUGCCCAUAUAAAGUCCCUCCAUUUCAGCGAUUCCUCUUUGUUUUUUGUUGCUUUAUGAACCUUUUGUAUUCUGUUCUUGUUAGUAUUUCCAUUUUCUCUCCUGGGUAGCCUUCAAUUUUGCAGAAUUACAGAUUCUUGAAUUGUAUUAGUUUUUGAGUUCAACAAAUUUACAGAUAGUUAAGCAUGAAAGGUGAAAGAAUGGCGAAAAGAUCAUCAUUUGGAAGCAUAGUAAGAAAAAGGCUAUCUGACAUUACCAACUCUCAGUCACAGCACAAGUUGGUUAGGCUCGAAGAAAAGCAACCUCCGAUUCCUAACUUCACAGAUGACUUGAUUAAUCAGCUUCUUAAGGAAAAAGCAACUCUAAUGCAGCUUAUUGAGGAGAGAGACAAAAUCAUAGCAUUGAGUGAUAACCAGCUGAAGAAUCUGCGGAUGCAUUAUCAGAAACUGCAGCUGCAGAAUUGGAAUCUUGCUCAAUCAAACAGCCAGAUGUUAGCAGAGCUUAAUUUAGGAAGAGAAAAGCUGAAGGCACUACAACAUGAAGUUGUAUGCAAGGAUGCCUUACUUAAAGCAAAGAGUUUAGAGCAAGAGGGAAAAGCAGAAAUUAAAAAUCAAAACACCGGCUCUCAGGAAGCGGAGAAGAAUAUAGAAGGACAAUGCUUAAACAAAGCUAAUGACAACAGGAAGCGUAGUAAUCGCAUCAGAAAGAAUACAAGAAGAAGUCAAUCUAUGGGCCCUUCUACUACGUCUAAAGAAGGCCUGGAAAAAGAGAGGCUUGAAAACAAAAGGCGUUGUUUGAGAAGGCAAUCUGCUAGAUUCAAAUCCCAGGAACGAGAGCCAAUGGAGAACUUGUUUGAGAUUGAAGUUGCAAAAUUUCCAAUCGCUCAGCCACUUGAUACUACUCCAAUGCAGGAAUAUGGCCUAACAACUGCAUCUGUUAUAAAGGAAGAAACAUUUGAGCCUGGAAAUGAACCACAUGUAGCACACAGAUCUUCACUCGGCAGACCAGUUCGCAGAGCGGCUGAGAAGGUGCAAUCAUACAAAGAAGUUCCCCUUAAUACCAAAAUGCGCAGAAAAGAAUGAGCAGGAUCUGCAAUGCAUCACCAUUGAGUUCCCACAUUUGUCUUUAUAAGCUAUAACUAGUGUUUGUGUUCUUCUGCAUAUUUAACAGACUGGCGAGAGUGCUGUUGUGCCAUUGUUAGUUAACAAGUGUUGUAAUGUUAAAGGGCUUUUAAUGAAUGUAAUGAUAACAGGUUGAUGUUUCAUGCUCA